CAAUGGAGACUUCAGGAUCCUCCUCCCAGACUCAAGACCACAGUCGAGUCCACGGAGAUACAGACGUAGACAGCAGAGAGACAGAUUUCCACAAGCAAGACCAGGAGGCCAGGCUCCUUCCUCAAAAACAAUAUAAGAGAGACAAGUCAUCUUCCUCCUCCUCCUCUUCCUCCUCCUCCUCCUCAUCAUCAUCGUCAUCCUCCUCUGCCUCAGAGAGCAGUGAUGAGGAUCAGCACCCCAGAGAAACCCGAAAACAUCGGCAGAGCCAGGGGGCUGGACAUCCCCACAGGCGCGGCUCACGCGGUGCUGAGCACGGGAAGCCUGAUGCUUUGAAGGAUGAGCUUCAACUCUAUGAAGGUGUCCCUGGGGAGGUGGUGCCUUCUGGAGAAUCAGGAAUCCGAAGGAGAGGCUCAGACCCAGCAAGUGGAGAAAUGGAGGCCUCUCAGUUAAGAAGACUGAAUAUAAAGAAAGAUGACGAGUUUUUCCACUUUGUCAUCCUCUGCUUUGCAAUCGGGGCCUUGCUGGUGUGUUAUCACUAUUACGCAGACUGGUUCAUGUCCCUUGGGGUUGGCCUGCUCACCUUCGCCUCCCUGGAGACUGUUGGCAUCUACUUCGGUCUGGUGUACCGGAUCCACAGCGUCCUGCAAGGCUUCAUCCCCCUCUUUCAGAAGCUCAGGCUGAUAGGGUUCAGGAAGACUGACUGAGGCCAGUGCCAGG